AUGCCGCGUCACACGCGUGGUGAGGACGUGGACGGAUCAUAUGCACAUGCCUAUUCUUCUACUUCCUUAGAGCAACCUCUUUCACCUAAAAACAACCAAACCACCCUCGAACAACGUUUAAAUGAUUUCAUCCAAGAAGCAAGGGAGGAGAAUACCAGACUUAAAGAGACCAUUACUAAAGAGAUGCUCGGAGAAAUUCAAGAACUACGCCACGAGACACUUUCACCGCUCCACACAGUUGAGAGCGCACUCGCAAAAAUUAUGGAAAUGAUCCAAUCCCAGGGUGAAACAGAUGUAAAUGCCGUAACGUUGAGAAGCAGAAGAGCACUUCCAAACGUUGUUCCACCUCCACCGCAGUCCAUUCCAACAGAAGAGCCAAGACUGGACAAUGAGGAGACCUCCAUUCCAACAGAAGAGCCAAGACUGGACAAUGAGGAGACCACCAAUUCAACAGAAGAGCCAAGACUGGACAAUGAGGAGACCACCAAUUCAACGCAAGCGCCAAGACUGGACAAUGAGGAGACCACCAAUUCAACGCAAGCCGAACGAGCUCUUGAAGAAGAACUCAGGAAGGAAGAAAUACAACCACAACCUUCUUGGAAAGGAAAAGAAGUCAUGCAAGAACCACCGCUUGUGCCAAAAGCAAAACUUCCGUUCCCUCAGAGAUUCCGCACAGAUAUCGACAACGCCAAAUACGACAAAUUCCUACAAAUGCUACGCCAAUUACAUGUUGAUAUGCCAUUCAUCGAUGCACUAGGAGAAAUGCCGAGGUAUUCCAAAUUCCUUAAAGAUCUUCUAUCUAAUAAAAAGAGAUUAGCUGAAACUGCUACUGUUGUGCUGGGAGAGGAAUUGGACUUUGUAAUCUUAGAUAUGGACCCAGAUGUGGAGAUUUCUCUCAUCUUGGGCAGACCUUUCUUGGCGACUGCUAGAGCUUUAAUAGAUGUGGGAGAAGGCAAACUCGUUAUCCGUGUAGGAGACGAGUCUGCUAGCUUCGACGAACAGAGAAAGAAUUACCAGUUGUUGUUGCAACAGAUCUUUCAGAAAGACAAAAAGAACAACUGA